AUGCCGCGUCAUAUUCCUGGACAGGUAACGCAGAGUGUGAGCCGUUUGCUAGAGGGGCAGUACAUAAAAAGCCCACCAGCAUGGUAUGAUGCCACACUCCGGCAUCCACCUGUGUACCCACCGCCUCUCAGCUCGCGUGUUCGGCCGGACAGCGACUUGCCUCGUUCCUUGCAAAGCGAGGCCCGGAAAGUACCUCACUUGGCCGCCAACAAGGCUGGUCGUCGUUCCCAUCUCAACUCUCUGAAAAAGCUGCGCUCUCAGCUUCCACCGCUGCGACCACAGCCGAUUGUAUAUGAAGGUGACCGCAUUCGCCGUCAAUUCUUCCGUGAUCAUCCUUGGGAAGCUAAGCGGCCUAGGAUGCUGACGGAAACGGAUUAUACGCUUGAGGAGCCCAUAUCACCCACAUUGUCGCGGGGCCAGGUUCCCGAGCUGUACAUGUGGAGCCGUAUCAAUCCCUCCGUCGAAGAUGUUGUGCAGUGCACGCUCAAAACGGCUGAAUGCACAGACAUGUCUCUCUCGCAAGCAUACAGGCGCACCAUCGCGUCGUACCAUGCCAUUCAUGCUGAGCGUGAGCACCGCAUGCGCCAUGCUAUCCUCGAAGCACGCAGCUUGGGUGCUGAGUUUGGUCCUACAGAAACGGAGCGUGGCUUUAUCAAGGAAUCUCGUGAACUGGACAAAUGGGCCGCGCUGAAUCAAGGCGUGCAGCUGGAAGAAGCAACAGAAACGCCGUCCAAGCGUGAGCAUCGCGUGAAGCGCACAGAUAUGGCGUUUACAAAUGGUGCGGCGUACAUGGACUCUGCUCAGUCGCUCACGUCAGGACAAGCUGUGCUUGAACAACACACUGCGUCGGAGCCCACCCCUCAGCCAGCACAUACGAGCUCUCCAGAUGAUUACCUAGGCAUCGCCUCGCGUGGGUAG